AAUACUUACAUAUAUAUGUAUAUCUGUAUUCAAUCAAUAACGGGAACAACUCACGCUAAGCGAAAUUAUUAAGUUGAUAGGCAGCAAAAACGAACGUACAUAAUUGGUUCUAUAUAGCUUACGUAUAUAUGUACUUACGUAAAACGUAACGUGAAACCGAUUUCGCUGAGUUCGAUUUUUAUUGUCGUUGUCGUCACCGUCGAUUAUUAAAGACGUAUCAAGAAAUAAAUAGUGGAAAAUAGGGGAAAAAAAUGAAGACAGUUUUCUUAAUGCUCUCGUCUCUUUUCUUCGUAUUCGCAAAUAGUUGCGUUAUGCCAUCGCCAUUAACGUUGCAAUUAAUAAUUGAGUAUGUUAAGUGGAGAUCGUGGGAUCAGAUUGUACUUUUCGAUAAUCUCAGUUCAAAGAAUUGUGUCCUGAGAUACGCUCGACCUUUAAUGUCUUGUCUUGCUGAAAGAGGAAUCAGUGUGUCCAUUCAGUCGGCAACAAAUCCAAAUAUACCAAUCGCGCUUACGAUACGACGACAUAGAAUUGGUUCUAUAGUACUUUUAGAUGGACUCAACUUGACUUCCUCAGAUAACGUACUUCAAGUGGCUUCACAGAAAUUAUUGUUCAACUAUUACGUGUCUUGGUUUAUGAUCACGGCUAGAAAUACCGAUACCACUAUCGACGCCGUUCUGAAGGAUCUCAAUAUUGGUAUUGACAGCGAUGUGGUGGUUGCAACCUCUUCAAAUUCACAGGACGUUAUGUGGGAAUUGACGUUGAAAUAUCGGAACAGAACGUGCUCGAAUUUCCGACAAUACGGCCAACUUGAUUUUCAAAAUCUACCGGAACGACGAAAUUUGGAUAGAAUGAUGAAUCUGGAUUAUAUUGGUCGGGAAAAUCGUACGAUGUGUUUUCAUUUCUUGCACGUUUAUAAAAUUCGUAACUCCGAUAAUUCCAGUCUCGUCGUAUAUUCCCUUGGAUCUUGGUGUCCAGGAUUAUUUUUACUAAAGGAUCCAAUGAGUGUGAAACUAAGAAAAGAUUUCAAAGGCUGGCCGAUUAUAUUUGGUGUUUUAAAUGGUACAAACGAUGGCCAAACGGACAUUACCGACGAAGUCGUGGUCAAUGAUAUUACACCUCUUUUAGAUUUUGCUGAUUCUGUAACGCACGAUUUAAAUGCCAGCAUAGAAUUGAUACCGCACGAUAAACUGGGUACUUUGACGAACAAGAUUUGGAGCCAUCUUCUCGGUGACGUGGUUGCUGGUACUGUAGAUGCGGGAUUAGGAUAUAUAACUAUCAAUGAAGAAAGAUUAGGAGAUAUGACGUUCAGCCAUCCUCUUAUUCGAUACAUGAGAAAUGUUUAUUAUCAUCCCUUGGAAACCGGUACCAUGAGAGAUAUAUUUCUACAGCCAUUCAAUGAUCGAUUACUUGGUUGCGUAGCAGCCACGUAUUUUCUCAUCUUACUCUCAAUGGGAACGAUCAUUUACGUGGCUAAAAGAACUUUACAUCCUGAAGAAGAAAAGAACGUUGGACUCGGUGAAGCAGCACUUUGGUGUAUGAGUAUCAUGUGCAUGCAAGGAUCACCUUGGAUACCAAAAAGUUCAUCGGGAAAGACUCUUUUACUUUUUAGCUUAGUGUUUGCAUUGGUCACUUACAAUGCUUACGCCGGUUUCAUAACUUCGAUUCUAUCUGUACAAGCCAGUGGAAUAAGAUCGAUUACAGAUCUCUUGUUUAAUAAUUUCAAACUAGGAUAUAGUAUCACCGAAGACGAAUAUAUCCGGAACGUUAACGACAGUCAUCUUCGUCAACUGUACAUAAAAGCUUUUAACAAUCGUGAAUCUCGUUUGGGAGCGACGACUGGCCUCAUGAAAGCCGCUCAAGGACGUUACGGAUUUUUCGUUAGCGCAACUUUGGCACGCCGUGCUCUACGUACAACGUUUAUUCAAGAAAGAUGUUCGUUGAAGGAACUCCCUUUACCUCAGACGUUUACUCUCGUCGCUUUACCCAUGGCCAAUACUUGUCCGUAUAAAAAAAUUAUUAAUUUGAGUAUAUUACGCAUACAAGAACACGGUGUUCUUCGAAGAAUAGCCGAGAGAAUGUUACCAGAAAUGCCUACGUGCAAAGCACCAACGACGUUUAACAGUGCAAGAUUAGCCGAUGUUUACUCAGCCUUUUUAAUACUUAUAGUUGGUCUCAUUACCGCUGUUUCUAUUGGAAUCUUUGAAAGAAUUUGGAACAAAAGGAAACAAAUGCAAGAGAGCAUAGUACGGGGAUUUCGAGAGCAUCAUUUUAUUCCUCAUAUGCCUCAUAUAAACUUUCAUUAUCAUCAUCGACAUCAUCAGCAUCUUGAUCAUCCUCCUCCUCCUAAUUCUAAUCGGCAUUCUAAUCAUCAUUCUAGCCAUCAUCGAUAUCAUAACGAUCAAUCGUUUCAACCUUAUUUUAUUAACGAUCAUUCAAAUAAACCCGCGACUCCUCUCUUUAUAAAUUAUCCUAAUUUUGCCUCAAAAAAUAGCGAAACAAUUUUGACGAAUAAGAAGAGAUCCAACGAAACAUCGAACGUAGUAUCAUCGAUCGUGAAAGAUCGUUCGUCUGCUAAACGUUCAUCGUCUAUACGAAAACGAUCAGCCAAAAACAUAUCAAAAAAGGCUUUCUGGGCCUCUUUCGUUGGUGUACCUCAAAAGGAAUCUAAAGUAACGAUCGAAAAACGAGAAAUAUCAGCUGAGAAAACGAUUAAUACGGAAAACUCGGAGGAAAGAAAAAGAACAAUGACGGAGGUUCUACCUUUCCGUCUCUAAACAUUUUUUAUUUACGUCUAAUUACACCGAUUUGCAUCAUCUACGCUUUUACACUCUCUAAAACAUGCUAGUUUAAAGAGUUUUUCGAUUUGUCAAUAUUAAUGAAUAAAAUACAAUU